GCCUGGACAUGUUGGCAGCUUGGACAGGGGGGACCCAUGGAUACCCCAGGACUCUGAAACAGGGACCCCGGACAGUGCUGACCCCUGGGAUGCCUAUGAUGCCAAAGUGGUGAGCCCAGAGAAGGGGAACCUGCGGGAUUGCCAGGAGCCCCAGCAGCCCAGAAAGGGGAACACCAAUACAAACCUGACCCGCAGCAACCCAGACAGGGGGGCCUCCAGGAGCCCAAAGUGGAGAGACCAGAGAGGGGAAACCCAGGGUUGGGUCUUUUUGCUGACUCUUGGUCAUUUGUGUAUUUUGGGGGACUGAAUCUCGGUGUUUUGGAGGUUUACAUGGGCACCAGAUUCCCGGUGACUUCUAGAGUGUGGAGGCGCAGGGGCCCAACAUUGGAACUGUAAUACCUCAGGGCAAAGGUGACCAGGGUCAGAGAGACACCCCUCUGAGGACAAUGGUCUCACCACAAGCAUUUGCAGGCUCACGUGAAUGCAGCAGGCUUCAUUGGUAUCACCCAGUCCAGCUGCCCUUUUUUCCUUAUAUGUACUCCCCCUAGAAUGUUCUCCCCUCUCUUGUCCCCCAUUGGUCCCGGUUUACUGCAAUGCUCCGCCCCUGUUACCUCAUUGGUUCCCCAGUGGGCUGCCCCUCCUCUGCACCACCUGUGCUCAGUUCCCAUUGGCCCUUGGCCCUCAGACCCGCCCUUUUCCCCCUUAUCAAACCCUGUGUCCUCAGCCCCAUUUUGUCUCUGUCUCUGCACCUUCUACAUUGCAAUAAACUGCGUUUGGAGCUGUGCGCACAGACCCGUCUCUGGCCUUGUCCAUCAGCAGGUUAAGCAAGCAUGCUCCGGGCUCUGGGAGUGCAGGUUGCUCACCAGGGCUCAUUGUGGAUGUGCCACAACACCAGAGAUGGACUUGGGCAGGAGGAACCCCCUAACCCAAUGUGCUCAUACAUUGUAUUUUUCCCCAAACCAGGACUUCUCAUUCCCAAACCUUGGCCAGAUGGAGGAGGAGGCUGUGAGGAAGAGGAAGAAGCCCUGGGACACGCAGGCAGACAAGGAGCUGAGGAUGGAGAGCAGGGAGGACAAAUGCCCACAGAAGAACCCCAUGGAAGAGGCUGUUCUGAGCAGCUCGACGGCACAGGAAUCCAACAGAGAGGGAAAGCUCCAGAGAUCGCACAGGAGGAGGGGCUCCAAACCCAGCCCAGGGUGCUCUGAGGAGGAAAGACCCACCCUGAACCAGGAAGGUGGACAGAGCUUCAGCCAGAGCUCAGAGCUGGUGAUCCAUGAGCAGCCUCAUGAUGGAGAGAAGCCCUACAAGUGCUUGGAGUGUGGGAAGAGCUUCAGGCAGAGCAGCACUCUGAUCCACCACCAGAUGAUCCACACCGGGGAAUGGGCCUACGAGUGUGGGGAGUGUGGGAAGGGCUUGAGGUGCAGCUCAGAACUCGUCACCCACCAACGCAUCCACACUGGGGAGAGGUCCUACGAGUGUGCCCAGUGUUGGAAGAGGUUUCACACCAGCUCCAGUCUCCUCAUACAUGAGCGGAUUCACACAGGUGAGAGGCCCUUCCGCUGCCCCGACUGCGGGAAGGGCUUCAAGUACAUCUCCCCUCUCGUCAGGCACCAGCGCAUCCACAGUGGGGAGAGGCCCUACGAGUGUCCCCAGUGUGGGAAGAGCUUCACCCAGAGCUCUGACUUGAACAGACACCUACGGAAGCACCGGUAAGGCAAGCCCUGCAAAUGUCCCUGAGGGGAGAGCUUCGUGCCUGGCUCCAGCUUCAUACCCAAUUGGAGGACCCACGUUGGGAAGAGACCUGUGAUCUAUGUUCACUGUAAUGUUCAUAAAUCUAUGGGACCUGACGGGAUCCACCCCAGGGUAAUGAGAGAGCUGGCAGAUGAGCUUACAAAGCCAGUCUCCAUAAUUUACCAACAGUCCUGGCUCACUGGUGAGGUUCCGGAAGACUGGAAGCUGGCCAAUGUGACACCCAUUCACAAAAAGGGUGCAAAGGAGGAUCCUGGUAAUUAUAGACCAGUCAGUCUGACCUCAGUACCUGGCAAAAUAAUGGAAGAGUUUAUAUUAAGUGCCAUCAUGAAGAAUUUACAGGAUGGCCAGGGUAUCAGACCCAGUCAGCAUGGCUUUAGGAAGGGUAGGUCAUGUUUAACCAACCUGGUCACCUUUUAUGACCAGGUAACCCGCCUAGUGGAUGCAGGGAAGGCUGUAGAUGUUGUUUAUUUGGAUUUCAGCAAGGCCUUUGACACUGUCUCCCACAGCAUACUCCUAGAUAAGCUGACAGCCUGUGGCUUGGACAGGAACAUUCUGUGCUGGGUUAGGAACUGGCUGCAUGGCCGAGCCCAGAGAGUGGUCGUGAAUGGUGCUGCAUCCAGCUGGAGGCCAGUCACCAGUGGUGUCCCUCAGGGGUCUGUGCUGGGGCCAGUUCUGUUUAAUAUUUUUAUUGAUGAUAUGGAUGAGGGUUUAGAGUCUUUCAUUAGUAAAUUGGCAGAUGACACUAAGCUGGGAGCAUGUGUCGAUCAGUUAGAGGGACAGAGAGCUUUGCAGAGGGACUUGGAACGGUUGGAUGGAUGGGCAGAAUCCAAUGGGAUGAAGUUCAACAAGUCCAAGUGCCGAGUCCUGCACUUUGGCCACAAUAACCCCCUGCAGCAUUAUAGGCUGGGGACAGUGUGGCUGGACAGUGCUCAGGUGGAAAGGGAGCUGGGGGUGCUGGUUGACAGUCGGCUGAACAUGAGCCUCCAGUGUGCUCAGGUGGCCAAGAAGGCCAAUGGCAUCCUGGCCAGUAUGAGGAAUAGUGUGUCCAGCAGGAGCAGGGAGGUCAUUCUUCCCCUGUACUCGGCACUGGUGAGGCCACACCUAGAGUACUGUGUCCAGUUCUGGGCCCCUCAGUUUAGGAGGGACGCUGAGAUGCUUGAACGUGUCCAAAGGACAUCAACGAGGCUGGUGAGGGGCUUGGAACACAAGCCAUAUGAGGAACGACUAAGAGAGCUGGGAUUGUUUAGCCUGGAGAAGAGAAGACUCAGAGGUGACCUUAUCACUCUCUACAACUUCCUGAAGGGUGGCUGUGGUGAGCUGGGGGUCAGUCUCUUUCUCCGGGCAACAACAGAUAGAACAAGAGGACACAGUCUCAAGCUGCGCCAAGGGAGAUACAGGUUAGACCUAAGGAGGAAGUUUUUCACAGAAAGAGUGGUCAAACACUGGAAUCAUCUGCCCAGGGAGGUGGUAGAGUCACCAUCCCUGGAUGUGUUUAAAAGGAGACUGGAUGUGGCACUUGGUGCCAUGACCUAGUUGAGGUAUAGGAUAGGAUGGGUUGGACUCGAUGAUCUUGAAGGUCUCUUCCAACCUAGAAAUUCUGUGAUUCUGUGAUAAUCCAUGCUGGGAAGACACCUGUCCCUUUAACUGCCCCUGCAAAUGACAUGAUGUGGCAUUGAAGAACAUGAGGAUCUGGCUAGAGCCAUGUCAUUAUAUCCACUCCCUCCUCAGGUCAUUGCCAGAGGCAGGAAAGGGUCUCCCUCUCCCUGAGGAGAAGGGUGUCCUUCCCAGGCCGGAGGAAAUAUGUGGCCAGGAUGAUCCAGUGAGUUGUGUUUUGGUUUUCCCUGUAAAUAGUUUUUCUUUUCCCUUCUGUUACCGGUAUUGUUUCUGGUUUUGUUUGUUCUUUAUCUUGUUGCUGUUCCCAGUAAAUUGUUCUUAUCCCUGCCUGGGAUCCUCUAUUUUUGUGCUUUCCAUGGGAGGUGGGAGGGCAGCGAGCAGCAGCGCGGUUUUAGCGAGAACAGGAAAUUGGGGAAUCCCAUUUCUGAACCC